AUGGCGACGACGAAUGGCUCGUCGGGCUACGGCACGCCGCAGCGUGACGGCACCAUGUCAAUGCCGCCCGCCAAUGGCACUCCCCUGUCGCACACGACGCCCGAUGCGACAGCUCAGCCAGGAACAUACCCCGCCGUCACCAAUGGCAGGAAGCGCAAGGCCGACGGCACCUCGUCGCGCGGCGUCGCCAACCUGACUCCGGAGCAACUGGCCAAGAAGCGGGCAAACGACCGCGAGGCCCAGCGUGCCAUCCGCGAACGCACCCGCAACCAGAUCGAGACGCUGGAACGUCGCAUCAAGGAGCUCGAGAGCCAACAGCCCUUCCAGGAGCUGCAGAAUGCCCUCCGCCAGCGCGAGCAGGUCCAGGCCGAGAAUGACGACCUCAAGCGCCGCAUGCAGACCAUCUUCUCAUUGCUGCAGCCCGUUGCUGCCUCUCAGGGUCUGAAUGGUAGCAGUAGCUCUGUCGUCCCUCGCUAG